AUGUUUCGCGUCGCUACUUUCCGCCCCACCAUUCGCGCAUUCUCCACGUCCGCGCGAACGAAUGACCUCGCAAAAUUGACCCUCAUUGGGAAUUUGGGGAAAGUUCCUGAACUGAAGACCACCAAAAACGAGAAGGAAUAUGUCUCAUAUGCUGUUGCCACAACUUCCUCGGCCCCUCCCUCUGCAGACGGAGAGCGCACCUUCAACACAACAUGGCAUCGUAUCCAUUCGUUUUCCCAUGGCACCAACACCUACCUCCAAACACUCAAACAGGGCAGCAAAGUUUACGUUGAAGCCCACUACGAAAUUCGUGAACCAGACCCCAAUGCGGACCCGUCCACUCCCGCAGGGCCAACGCCAAAUCUUCCUCCGCCAUGGUCAGUCUCUCCCAUUCUUCCGCAACCUAAUGAUUGUGAAUGCUCGCCAGAUACUAUCCGGGUCAUUGCGCCGCCUCGACCAAGGGAAACAGAGGAGCAUUAA